CACAGGAAGGUCACACCAUCCCUCACCAUCAUCAGGAUGAAGAUCUAAAGGACAUCAAAUUUGCGGUAAAAAAAGAAGAGAUAUUGGUGAGUGGAGAUCAGCAGUCUAUGGAGGAGGGUUGUCCUCUGGAUUCUCAGGAUUUCACCAAGGGAGAUCACAACCAUGCAGAGAAUGAUCAGGAUGAUGAGCGAAAAGACUUUGAAGUUGAGGGUAAGGAGGAAGAAGAAGAGACGUUGGUGAGUGGAGAUCAGCAGUCUAUGGAGGAGGGUUGUCCUCUGUAUUCCCGGGAUUCCACCCAGGAAGUUCACAACUAUAAAGAGAAUGAUCAGGGUGAAGAACAGAAAGACAUCAAAGUUGAGCAUAAAGAGGAAGAAGAAGAGAGGUUGGUGAGUGGAGAUCAGCAGUCUAUGGAGGAGGGGGAGAAGAUUAUGGAAAGUAAACAGGAGGAAUCUUCUCUACAUAAAGACACAAGUGGACGCUGCGCCUGGAAUGUCUCUGAGGGACGUCUGAUGUCAUCGCCAGACUAUAAUGUAAAAUCUGAUGACAUCACACAACACUUUCCAGGAGAAAACAUUAUUAGUCAGGAUACACGGAGAUCAGCGGAUCCCUCCGAUCCUCCGGAGUCCUCUGAUAUAUCACAUGAUGAGACUCCAGAGACUCCUCUAAGAUCUGAUGGUGCGGAGAAAUCUACAGAUCUAUCUAAACUCGAGGAAUCUUCCCUAAACCAAGAAAAAGCUCACACCUGUUCAGUGUGCGGGAAACCUUUCACUAAAAAGAGUGCACUCCUCACACACCAGAGAGGUCACAAAGGUAAGCGCUCCUAUUCAUGUUCAGAGUGCGGGAAAUGCUUCGCUAAGAACCAACUGCUUCUUGAGCACCAGAGAAUUCACACAGGGGAAAGGCCAUAUCCGUGUUCAGUGUGCGGGAAGUGUUUCACUCAGAGGAGAUACUUCCUCAGGCAUCAGAAAACUCACAAGGCUGACCGUCCUUAUCCAUGUUCAGAGUGCGGGAAAUGCUUCGCUAAGAACCAACUGCUUCUUGAGCACCAGAGAAUUCACACAGGGGAAAGGCCAUAUCCGUGUUCAGUGUGCGGGAAGUGUUUCACUCAGAGGAGAUACUUCCUCAGGCAUCAGAAAACUCACAAGGCUGACCGUCCUUAUCCAUGUUCAGAGUGCGGGAAAUGUUUCAGUGAGAAAAGAAGGCUUCAUGUGCACCAGAAAAUUCACAAAGGUGAGCGUCCCCAUUCAUGUCCAGAGUGCGGAAAAUGCUUCAUUCUCAAAUACAGCCUUGGUAGACACCUGAAAACUCACACGGGUGCACGUCCUUAUUCGUGCUCAGAGUGCGGGAACCGUUUCACUCAGAAAGAAAGCCUUCUCAAACACCAGCUUUGUCACACUGGCGAGCGUCCCUAUUCGUGUUCAGAGUGCGGGAGAUGUUUCGCUGAGAAAGGAAGCCUUGUUGUACACCAGAAAUUUCACACAAAUGAGCGUCCUCAUUCAUGUGCGGGAAAUGUUUUGUUAGGAAGGUGGACCUUCUUAAACACCAGAGAACUCACACAGGAUCAAAGCAGUGAGGAUCUCCUGGCAAUAGCUGGUUUCUCUGCCUUCUUAUCAGUGACAGUGCGCAGGAUUUGA